CUUUUCUUCCUAGUCAAGCUUUAACAUUGCUUUAACUCCUUACAAUAAACCAAUCGACAAAGCAAUCCUCUCUCUCUCUUUUUCCCAAAAAGAAGAAUAAAGAAAAGCAACAAAGAUGAUGAUGAUGUCAAUUUUCAGUUCGUUUGAUGUUCUCUCCGCUGAGAUUUUCGGCCAAAAGCUCACCCGCUCUUGGCCACCGGCCACUUCCGACAACAAACAACAACCAGGUAUGGGCCCUACUGUAUCAGAUCGCAAGACCGCUGCGGUUUCUCUGCCGUCUACUUCUUCUACUGGUGGACUGAACAAGGUCGGAGAGGCGGCCGCGCCGUCAACUUCAAAAUCGGCGUCGCGUUCACAGCAGCAAAGGAGGCCCAGGUUUGCGCCGGAAUUGGACGGCGUUCACUGUUUCGAAACAAUUAUUCCUUAUUGAUUUUAUAUGAAGUGCAAAAAGAUUGAAAUUCUUUAUUAUUGUUUGAUUGUAAUUAGCAAACGGCCAUGUAACAGUAAAUCACGGAGGUUGAUACAAUUUAGUAGUAUUAAGUCUGAUAAUUAACUUGUUUGAACAACUUCGAUUCA